AUGUUGCAAGUGAGGAGGCUGUUGCCAUCAGUGCUUGCAAGGAUAGAGAGCUCGCUCACUGCCAGCACAGCGCACCCAUGGGAGACAGUUCUGACACGCGCGAAGAUCACUGUUCCAGUCAUCAAUAACCAGGUUGACAAGGCCAUGAAGACCCUGUCAAGGAAGCUGAUAGCGGGCAACAUGCUAAAGGAGUGGAAGAAGCGGGCUCACUUUGUGCGGCCGGCCGAGCAGAGGGUAUUAGAUCAAAAGGAGACAGACAAGCGGCUGUCCAAGAAGCGCUUUAAGGCCCAGAUGAAUGCCAUCAUGGCCCGCCGAGCACAGUAG